AUGGUGGAUUUUCCAGGGUACCAUCUGUCUGGGGCAGUUGCCUCCUUCUUCUUCAUCCUGCUGACCAUGAGGCCAUCAGAUGACUUUAAAGUGAUUAGUCCUGCCCAUCCUAUCUUGGCCAGGGUGGGGGAAGAUGUCUUACUAACCUGUCAGCUGCUCCCCAAGAGGACUGCACGGCACAUGGAGGUGAGGUGGUACCGCUCGGAGCCCAGUACCCCUGUGUUUGCACAGCGGGACGGAGCUGAGCUGGCUGAGAUGCAGAUGGAGGAGUACAGAGGCCGCGUAGAAUGGAUAGAGGACAACAUUGCAGCUGGAAGUGUGGCUUUGAAAAUUUACAACAUCCAACCUUCCGACAAUGGGCAGUAUUGGUGCCGUUACCAGGAGGAGAGCUAUUGUGGAGAAACAAGCUUGGAGCUCAAAGUAGCAGGUCUGGGAUCUGCCCCCAACAUCCACAUGGAGGGACGUGUGGAAGGUGGAGUCCAGCUCGUGUGCACUGCCACAGGCUGGUACCCAGAGCCCCAGGUUUACUGGGAGGACAUGGAGGGAGAGAAGUUGCUGACUGGCUCGGAACAUCACAUCCAAGAUGAAGAUGGCCUGUUCUAUGUGGAGGCCAUUCUUCUUGUCAGAGAUGCUUCCAUAGAGACUGUGUCCUGCUUCAUCCACAAUGUUCUCCUCCACGAAGAGAAGGGAGCAGUGAUCUCCAUCCCAGAGAAACUCCAGACCGAGCUGGCGUCCUUCCAAGUGAUUGGACCUUCCCUGCCCAUCCUUGUUGAAGUGGGAGAAGAUAUACAACUGACCUGUUACCUUACCCCCAAGGCUAAUGCCCAGAGCAUGGAGGUGAGGUGGGUCCGAUACCACCGUUUUCCUGCUGUUUAUGUGUAUGUGGAUGGGGACCAUGUGGCUGGAGAGCAGAUGGAAGAAUACAGAGGGAGGACAGCGUUGGUGAGUGAUGCCAUCGUUGAGGGGAGACUGACUCUGCAGAUACACGACGCAAGAAUUUCAGAUACUGGGCAGUACCGGUGCCUUUUUGAAGAAGAUGGUGUUUACCAGGAGGCCAGGUUGGACCUAAAGGUAGCAGGUCUAGGCUCGUCCCCACUCAUCACCAUGGAGGGGCUGGAGGAUGGAGAAAUACAGCUGACAUGCACUUCGGAUGGGUGGUUCCCACAGCCCCACGUGCAGUGGAGAGACAUGGAAGGGCAGGCACUGCCCUCGUUCUCUGGGGCCCUGACUCAAGGCCGUCACGGGCUGUUCCACGUGGAGACAUCUCUGUUGGUCAGAAACCUCUCCACGGUGAACGUGACCUGCUCCAUCAGCAACCCUCUUCUGGGUCAGGAGAAAAGGGCAACUUUUUCUCUUUCAGGUUGGUAG